AAUGAAACGUUUGAGGUUAUGUUAAAGCUUCUCAAUUCACUUAAACAUUAACGUUUGUGUUUUCCGAAGUUUGUUCAAAAUGAAUAAGUUAGGUGAAGUAUUUGAUAGUUUCCAAGUUCAUUUAAACAAUGAACAAGAUCGUAGAGAAGAGAUCCGUGUUAACGUAAAAGAUAUUGAAAAUACUGCCCGAGAAAUACUAACAAUAUUGCAAGUUAUUCAUCAGGAAAAUGGACUUCAAUUUGUAUCUGAUGGCUGUUUGAAAGCGAGAAACAAAUUUGAAGCAGUACGAUUGAGUUAUUCAAAAUUAAAUGAAGUCAUUCCAAAAGGAGAGUAUUAUAGAUUCAACGAUCAUUGGAAAUUUGUUACUCAACGUUUGUGUUUCUUGGUCGCUUUGGUUAUAUUUUUAGAAGUGGGAAUCUUAGUUUCAAAAGAAACUGUUGCUGAUAUCUUAGGAUUGAAACCCACUCCUGGAAAUGGUUUGCAUCUUGAUCUAGAAGAUUAUUUAAUGGGGGUGCUUCAAUUAACAACCGAGUUGAGUCGUUUUGCAGUAAAUUCAGUCACAAAUGGUGAUUAUGAUAGGCCAAUUCAAAUUUCGAAAUUUGUAGCUGAAAUAAAUGCAGGAUUUAGAGUACUUAACCUUAAGAAUGAUUCCUUGAGGAAGAGAUUUGAUGUUUUAAAAUACGACGUCAAAAAAAUUGAAGAAGUUGUUUAUGAUCUUAGUAUUAGAGGAUUGAAACGUAAUGGAACCAACGCAGAAUAAAACACUAAUAAAUAAGCUUAGAAAAUAGAAUGUAUCUUUUAUUUAAUAAUAAUACAUGAAUUUAAAUUA